AUGUCGUUGAAUUAUGGACUUGAUGAAAUAAUUCAAAUAAAAUGCUCCUACAUAAUAGAUAAAUAUAAAAAUAAGUUGAAAAAAUUAAAAGAGUACAAGCAUGCCUUAAAAGAAGAAUAUGAAAAAAAAAACAAGGCCCAUUACGUAAAUAGAUAUAUGCUUAACAAAGAAAAAGAACAAAUAUAUAAGGAUAUACAUAAAUAUAAGGAGAAAUAUGAACUUGAAACCUUAGAAAAAAUAAAGGAAAAGUACAAUAACUAUUUCGCUGAUAUUUUUUUAUACGAACAAGAAUAUUAUCAAUGUAUAUAUAAAGUAUUCAAAAAUUUACUACAAAAAAAGGAGGAAAUAGAUGAAAAAGAAAAACACGCCAUCAAAUUAUAUGAAUAUGGACAUAUGAUGCUCUCUGAUAAAAAUAUAAAUGUAGAAUUUCAAAAUCUUGCAAACACCAAUAAAAUAUCUUUUAGCAUGUAUGACGUUAAAGCAUAUGAAUAUAAAAAAAAUAUAGAUAAUAUUGAUAAUAUAGAUAAUAUUGAUAAUAUUGAUAAUAUAGAUAAUAUUGAUAAUAUAGAUAAUAUUGAUAAUAUUGAUAAUGCUGAUAAUUUAGAAAAUCUUUAUAAUAUCAAUGUAAAUCAAGUUUAUGAAAGCAUCCUUCUCGAACAGAACGAUGAUAAUUAUAGUCACAUACUCAAAAACAAUAAGAGCUUUAAUAAAUUAAAUAGUGAAUAUGAUCAAAUAAAGUAUAUUCCCCAAAAUAGUAAUUAUAAUAAUAAUAUUAAUAUGUUUACCUCAAAUUUUGAUGAGUACAAUUAUUCUAUGAAUGAACAUAAACAUGUGUCAUCAAUAAGUCAAGUAAAUAUCAUAGAUCAUAUAAAUACAGCACAUAUAUUACAUAAUACUGAUAAAAAUGAUAAUACAAACGAAUCAGAUAUUAUUAUUAAAAAUGAGAAUCAAAAUUUUUAUCAGAAUGAUAUGGAUAUUCAACAUAAUAAUAUAUCUCAGAAAAAAGAAGCGUCAAAGGAUAAUGUAACAUACAUAAAAAAGAAAAUACCAAAAGAAAAUGAAAGUGAAGAAAUUAUUAUGAAUUCAACAGAGGAUAUAGAUGUGCAAGAAAAUGUAGAAGAUGAAAAUGUCAAGAGUGAAAUUAAGGAUCAUAUAAGAAAUAAUUUAGAAGACAUCGAUUUUUUCAAAAAAGAAAUUACAUUCGAAGAAAUAAAUAUAAAUAAAAAUGAUAAAAAUAUCUUUCUUCCAAAUAAUGAUGAGAAAGUAGAAGAAAAUAAAUUUUUAAAAAAAAGUGCAAGUACCACAAAUGAUAUUUUGAAUUCACAUAUAUUAAAUAAUAGUCAUGAUAUAAAUUCAAAUAUUAAAUAUGGAAAAAGUGAAAAUUAUAUAAAUACACUUGAUCUACAAAAAUUACAUAAAGACAUUAUAAAAAAUGUAGAAGCAAAUAGAGAAGAUAAAUCUGAAACAAAAAAAAAAACAGAAGAAUUAGAUGAUAUUAUUGAAAAUAAUAUAGAUUUUAAUAUAUCUAGUUAUUUUAGUGGAAAUUUUGAUGAUAUUAUAGAUAAAGAAUAUUUAAUAGAAAAUGAAAAAAGUAAUAUAUUAAAUGAAAAUUCAUUUAUUAUAAAUAAUGAUCAAACUAUUCAAUAUGUAAACAAUGAAAAUAUACCCUCGAAAACUUCUUCUAUUAAAAAAAAAGAAAAUUUAAACAUAUAUAAUAAUAAUGAUGAAGAAUAUCAAUAUAUGCAAAUAUAUAAUGAAAAUAAUAAUCAAAUCCAGUCAUCCUUAUUUCAAACAUUUAACAAUUUUAAAAAUGAUUAUAACAUACAAAUUGAAAGAAUGAAUACUUUUGAAAAUUAUGCACAAGAAAUAAAUAUACUAGAAAAUUAUGAACAUAUUAUGAAUUCACUAAACUUAGAUAAUACAUUAAUUAAAAAUGAAAAUAAUAAAAAUAACGAAAAUCCAAUGUUGAAUAUAAGUAAUAUCAACGAUAUCAUAAAUUACAUGAGCAACAAUAUAAAAAAGAAAUAA